CCUUUUUCAGGAAUCUAUAAACUAAUCUGGGACAUUUUGAGGAAGGAGAAGGCUUUAAAUUUCUAACGUUAUUUCCUUGUGGGACCAAUACAUCAUUGAAUGAAGGAGGUUUUUAGGUUGCGAACUCACUAUGGAAGAUCCAGCUUAUGUGACCAUGGCUGAUAUAAAGAAUGCUAAAUCGGCAGCCAGAAAACAAGAUCCUCCAUCUAGUGAAACAGAUCACUAUGUAUGCAUGUCUGUAAUUAGAGCUUCUAAGAAGUCUUCACGGAGAAGUACUUCUCCAACUAUCGAAGACGUUUACCAAGACCCACACUCUAUUGUCUCAUCUGAAGACAAUGCAUCUGAUGUGGAUGUGCCUUCUUGUUCGGGAACAUCUGCCUCAGCACGUUCAUCUAUUUCUGGUGACAAGGAUGACGAACGACUUGACCUACCUGUAACUCGUAAGGUGGUUGUACAUCCGGGUCCUUCAGGUUUAGGGAUAUCGAUAGCUGGAGGGGUCAAGAGCCCUAUUGGAUUACUUCCGGUACUGAUCACUGAUAUCGAUCCGGGUGGUCUGAUAGAGAGCACAGGUGUCAUCAAGGUUGGUGAUAACAUUGUUAGCGUAAAUGGCGAGACGAUGGAAGGCAAAACGCACCGGGAUGUUGUGUUGGCCAUCAAGGGUAGCGGCAGUUCACUCAUGCUUGAAGUCAAGGAAUGCCCGGAGAAUAUUAGGACAUACUUGUCAUUUGAUGUUUAGUGGAAUAAUAUGUGAGGCAUUCUAUCUAUUCAUGAAAAGCUUCUAUAACUUACACUGCUUUCCUAAAAAAAAGAAUGUUAUGCGCUCAAAGUUACGUAAUUUUGUCAUAUUGAAAGCUUUGCUGGUUUAAAACCCAGGGCCUAAUUACAUAGAGUUGCUUUGAACAGAGAGCAGGGAGCUCUAUGCUUUGAAGCACAAAAACAGCUAUGCACAACGACUUAUGCUUACCCGAAUAAGGUUACCAGCGGAUAACUUUCCGUAUGGCGCCACCACUUUUUCACUCAUUUUUACAAAAAGGGAUAUCUC